GCCGGCGGAGCCAUUCCGAGUGCAAGGAGCAGGAGAAUGACGCCGGAAGGAGCCAAUCUGCUGGUGUGGCUGCUGCGGAGGGUGGGCCAGACCGGUCGGUGAGCUGCGGGUGUUGGCUGCAGAAAAGCAGGCUAACAGCUAAGGGGGCAUUGUCAGAGUAAGACUGUAAAGGUCCAGUACUCCAGCAGGAAGGUUUUGUCAAGUGGUGAGAGAUUGGAUCAUGUUCAGCAGUACUUGUGUCAUGUUCCAGGAGAGGCUGCAAGGCUGGUUGCUGAACAGCACACAGAUGUGACUCAAAAAGCAAAAUUCCUCAGGCUUAGAAUGGAAAGAGUGAAUACGUUGAGAUUGUCUGGCCAUGGGAAGGAGAAGAUGCCUGCUCCAAGGGUGCCAGUGCUGGCAGCAAGAUCACUGGAUCUCUUCUCUUCCAGGAGACAUGGAGGUCUAUUUGUGGUUGGAGCUACCUGACUAGAUAAAGUAUAGAUCAGUCUGCUGUGAAAGUAUCUCACAGGAAGAAGACUGCCUGAUGGUUUAGUUUGCUUUGAAUGUAUUGUGUCAUCAGAUGAGCCUUUUCACAAAAUUCAAAACCAGUAUUUUCUUGUUUCUGGGUUUUGUUUGGAAUUUUUUGUCCCCUGUCAAUUCAGGUGGGCCAUUAUCUGUUGCUGAUUUUAAUUGGAAUUGUGGAAGCAAAAUCCUGGAAUAAAAAAAAAAUAAAAUUGGAAUUAUUCUUUAAGCUUUAAAAUAGGCAGUCUUGACUCGGAUUUGCAGUAAGGGCAGUUUAUGUAUCUGCAAUAUAAAAAUAGCUCUUUAAAUAGGUGUAAAUAAAAUACACUCAUGUUUAAAGUUUCUUUAUGUUGACAAGGUGGAAUAAAAUAUUUUCAUUGUAAUAAAACAGUUAAAACUGAUUUACCAUAGAAGAAACCACACUUCAGUGUAGGGAUUUUCACCAGAAAAAAAAAAAAGCUUGGCUGCUGAAAGGGAGAUGGUCUUAAAUUUAAGUGUGUUCUAAAGCCAGUUAAUUUAAACCUCUAUAAGUGAAACUCAGAGUGGGCAAACAUAAAGCUUCCUAACAAGACUAGAACUACAUGACAAAAUGUGUUUCAAUUGACUAAACACUCAAAGGUGUACUGUCACCAAACUGUCACUAAAUGAACCUCUUUGGUAAGCCCCAGCAGCCCUGUUAUUCAGCCAGGCUGUUGGUGUUGUCUGUAUUCCAUUAUUGCAGUCCAGAGUGCCUCAUGAGAAUUGACCUAGGAUUCAGUCUAAUAGCCUGUGACUCCCUUCCAAUACAAGAUGUAGAGUGAUCAGCCUUUUGGAAUGUAAAAUAGGAAUAGAUUGAAGAAAACAUGGCAAAUCAGCGGGAUUACAUUAGCAGACCUAUUUGCAAUGGAAUUUCUGUUUCUGAAAAUAAAAUCAAUUCCUUAGUGGCUGAAGGUCAUGGACAACAAAUUCUAAAAGUACUACAAAAGUUCAGAGAACAAAAUAUAUUUUUUGAUUUUAAAAUUCUUGUGAAAGAUGAAAUAAUUCCCUGUCAUCGUUGUGUACUGGCAGCAUGCAGUGAUUUUUUCAGAGCCAUGUUUGAAGUUAAUAUGAAAGAACGGGAUGAUGGCAAUGUUACUAUUAGUAACCUAUCGCCCAAGGCAGUGAAAGCUUUUCUUGAUUAUGCUUACACAGGAAAAACAGAGAUAACCAAUGAUAAUGUGGAAAUGCUUUUCCAACUGUCAUCAUUUCUUCAAGUUUCACUCCUUUCCAAAGCUUGCAGUGACUUCCUAAUAAAAAGUAUUGAUCUUGUGAAUUGCUUACAGUUGCUCUCUCUAUCAGAAAGUUAUGGGUCUGUCCGCUUGUUUGAUCAUGCACUAGAUUUUGUACAACACCACUUUUCAUUGCUUCUCAGAUCGAGUGACUUCUUGGAGAUGAAUUUUGAGAUAUUACAAAAAUGUCUUGAGGCUGAUGAAUUAAAUGUCCCUGAGGAAGAAUCAGUGUUGAAAGCUGUCCUCCAAUGGACCAAACACAACUUAGAAACUCGGCAGAAAUACCUGCCUAAUUUGAUUAAAAAAGUGAGAUUACACCAGUUACCUGAAAAGACUUUGCAGGACUUUCUGCAUUCUGAAGAACACUUACUUAAGAGUGCUAAUUGCUCAGUAAUAAUCAAUGAUGCAGUUAAAAGUGUGCAGAACUUCAGUGGAUUGUUUCCAGAUGCACGUCCUUCAACAACAGAAAAAUACAUAUUUGUUCAUAAAACUGAUGAAGAUGGAGAAAACAGACAUACAUUCUGCUACAACAUCAAAACAGAUAAAUGGAAGGAACUACCACAUACGCACAUGAUUGAUCUGCCAGGGUCAAGUUUGUCUAGCUAUGGAGAAAAAAUAUUUAUAACUGGAGGAUGCAAGGGGAAUUGUUAUAGGACUGUCAGGCUUCAUAUUGCUGAACCGUUUCAUGAUGCCACUGACCAAACCUGGUGCUACUGUCCAGUCAACAAUGAAUUCUCCAUAGUGUCAGCUAUGAAAAAACCGAGGACAAUGCACACAUCUGUUGUAACCUUAAAUCAGCUCUUUGUAAUAGGUGGAAAGACCAGAGGAGCUCAAGAAACUCGGAGUCUUUUGGAUGUAGAAUCCUACAAUCCUCUUUCCAAAGACUGGAAAUCUGUAAGCCAGUUACCAAGAGGUAUUUACUAUCCAGAAGCAAGCGCAUGCCAGAAUAUAAUUUAUGUCCUUGGCUCAGAAGUAGAGAUUACUGAUGCCUUUAAUCCAUCUCUUGACUGUUUCUUUAAGUAUAAUGCUAUGACUGAUCAGUGGUCUGAGCUUGUAGCAGAAUUUGGGCAGUUUUUCCAUGCAACUCUAAUCAAAGCUGUUCCAGUGAACUGCACAUUGUACAUAUGUGAUCUCUCCACCUACAAGGUCUACAGUUUUUGCCCAGAAACCUGUGUUUGGAAAGGGGAAGGAUCUUUUGAAUGCGCUGGCUUUAAUGCAGGGGCAGUUGGGACAGAAGACAAAAUUUAUAUACUAGGUGGUGAUUAUGCUCCAGAAGAAAUCACAGAUGAAGUUCAAGUCUACCACAGCAGUAGGUCUGAGUGGGAAGAAGUUUCACCAAUGCCAAGAGCCUUAACUGAGUUUUACUGUCAGGUCAUUCAGUUUAAUAAAUACAGGGACCCCUGGUCACCCGUACUGACAAUUUGCUCUGGAGAAUUUUGAAACUCCCAAGUCAAAAGAGUCUAUUUAAAUGCACAAGUAGUAUGUAGAACUGUUUUUUAGUAUUAGUUUACAGAUGGAGAAAUAUGUACAUGUUUGCUUAAAUUUUCAGUUUAAAUUAAAUGCUGUAGGAUUGCUUUUGGAAGAGUCCAUUAAAAUGUCAUUCAUGCUAGUCGUUAUACAGACAGUAUUACUUAAUUUUAUAUACAACUCUUCUCUGUAACUAUCAGAUUAAUUUUCAAAAUUAUAUUAAUUUUCCAAAAGGAAUAUUCAUGAGGAAUUAGUUGUGUAAUAUGUGCCAUUAUUUCUGUAAUAUUCACAGUUGUCCCAAUAGACAAAUUGCUAAAUGAGAAAACUGACUGUGAUAGUAUUUUCCCUAUGUAACUGAAGUUUAAAAGACAUUUUCAUUAGUAUUAUUUAGAUUUUCUAUGUUCAUAAACCUGUAAGAGGAAUGAAUUGUCAGCUUUAUCUUAUCACAAUGACCUUAGCAAGGACAAUAGCCAAAGUGACCUUCACAGUACUAAAACCAGGUAUCUAACUUGAAGAGACUGAUAAUUCCUGUCAUCUUACUUCAGCUCUUCAGUUUUACUAGUUUUUCUCCAUCCCUGUGCCUUAGAAGUAGCUUUAUUUUCUGUUUCCAUCCCAUUAGCUGUGGCAAAGUAAACUUUGACAACAUACUGCAGGGUAGGUAAGAUUUCUACAGGAUGGAUUCAUGUGAUACCUUUGCUUUAGUCAUAUUGCUAACUAAAGAAAAAACACUUCAGGAUGUUUUCUAAACAAAAUCUUCUAUCUCUGAAGUCUCCUGUGCUGCCUACUAAGCAGUCACUAGGCUGCUUAUAGCAGCAAGCUGUAAAACGAAUUGUAGCUGUUGCUUAACUAUGGGAGAAAUUUGUAUCUUGUCAUACAUCAAAUACAAAUUUACAAAACUACACCCCCAUAUUAAA